AUGCAAACUUAUAACAACCCUGAUGGUUAAUUUGAAUCAAUACGAGAUAUUGAUAGAGACCUCAUUACAUAACAAAAUCUGGAAAAUCAUAUCCCACCAUAAAAUCCUCUUCCACCACCAUAAAAACCUAUUAAUCCAGAAUUAAAAGGCAAUGUAUUAUAUAAUUACUAAAUUAAAAAAGAUCUUUCGUGAAAUGAGUAUUAAUAGAAAAAGUGAAGGAUUUCUAUAAUUCAAAACAUCUGAAGAAUUUAUACUUACUAAUGCAAAAUAACAUUUACUUUGUUCUGAUACUGUCAUAGAACAGCUAGACUUAAGAGUUCUAAUCUCUGAUCGUAGUCUCUAAUCAAUUAUAUCUUUUUUAAAAGAACGUAUUACCUUAGAAUAAAAUAAUGUUAAAUUAUUAACUCAUAAAAAUCCUUCAUUUCUCUCUAUCUUUAAAGAUUAAGAUCAAGUCAUCUAUCCUAAAUUUUCAGCUUCAUUAGAACAUCUCAAUUAAUUACAUUAGUCAUAAGGCAAAUCACUUUAGAUUUUAAUUACAAAUAUGGAAAAAAUGAUAAAAGAAAAAUUCGAAACAAAUAUUAAUGCUUAUUCUAGUAAUAUUAAUGCAAUUGUUGCAAAAAUUAAAACAAAAAGAAAAUCAGCAAGAGAAUAGCUUGCUAUUCUUAAUGAAAGAAGCAAGAAAUUUUAUAAAUUAUAUAAUGAAAUGAUGAGUAAUGGAGGUAAUCAUAAAAAAAGGUCUAAAGAUCUUUUCAAUUAAGAAAGAAAGUUUAAGCAUGUUAUGCAUUAAUAAAUUAUUUAAUUAGCUCAAUUAGGAGAAGAUAUAAUUGCAUAUUAUAAUGAAAUUAUUAAAUAAGAAUCUUAAAGAUUAGAAAUAAUUUCAGUAGGAAUGAGAUAUUAUUUGGAAAAAUUUCAUGAAACAUAUUCAGGUACAACUCCAAGUGCUUAAGUGUAGUUGGUACUACAAAAAUUUAAAGAGUAUAAUUCAAUAGAGGAAAGCAGUUAAAUAAUAUUUAAGGAUGUGGGAUAUAUUAAGGAUGUUUUAAAAUCUCAAGAAAUAGGAUUCCCUUAAAUAAAAUAUUAUUUAACUUAAUUUCCUUUAUCACUAGUGAAACCGACAUUACCAUAAUCAAAUCCUUUUAUUUUGAAAUUUUUUUCUAGAUUAUAGAGAGAUAUUGGAUCAGUACUAACUAAGUGGUAAAAUUGUUUAGCAAUAGUUUCAAUAGAUAGAAAUAUAUUAUUAUAUGAUAGUGAAGAUAUGACAAUUCCUAAUUAAAAAGUAAUAUGUAAAUAAUAUUAGGCUGCGAUAAAAUUUGUAUUGGAACAUACAAAAUUGAUCUUGAAACCUAAAUAAGCAUUAGUGGCAGAAUUAAAGUAGGUAACUCCUGGAUUUAUGUACAAUUCGAAGGAGAGUGUGGUUAUAAAGUUUAAUAGUUAAGAUGAUUAUGACGAGAUGCAAUUCUAUUUAACAAAUUAAUGAAUAAUAAGAU